CUGAUGGAGAGGGACCGUUUCUUCUGACUGAUGCUCAGUGCGCAUGCGCAGAAACAGACGGCACUGAAGCAUGGAGGAGCUGAGGAGCUAAAGCUUUUACUAUCAUCAACUCGCCUGGCACAGAGCUCAAAAUAUCAAAGAUGAUACGCAGAUCCAGAAUCAGCGUCCGGCCCAAUGUGAAGCCGCCGGGCCGAGCUCUGACGGGCUCUCACGAUGCGUCUCUGGAUAAAACUCAGCCAAACCAGACCCCCACUGACUCCGGCCCAUCUCAGGUAUCAGAGGUCAUAGCUGAGCAAGUUAACAGUGAUCCCCCUGCGACAGAAUCUGAGAAGACCAGUGAAAAAGCAGCCAUGACCAGCAACCAUGGUAACGACGUGGAUGCCAAUAGCCAUGAAGAAGGUGCAGCAUCUAAAAGUACUGAUUCCCAAGCUGCAACAAGCACCUCUUUGACAUCCGGCCCACAAAGGAGGAAACGAUUUACAGCUCUACCCAACUUGGCCAAACCCCGGGCCUCCCCAGUCUCCUCCAGCACUCCAAAAUCUCCUUCUAAGUCCCCUGUCAAACCAGUAACACCCAGUGAGUCCGAAAAAAUAGCCGCCAUUGUAGAAUCUGCUCUUGGUGCGCCUCUAGUCAAGGAGGCUGUCGCCAAUUCCAAUGUUCCUGAAAGACGGAGACCUUCCGUAGGGGGCAGGCGGCCCAAAGCUCAGCCCACACCUACAGUCCCACCUCAGUUUGUCCUGGAGAAGGGAACACUAGGAGACAGAGCAUCAGAUCAACAGCAACCUCUUGAAACAUCCCAACCUGAUCCUGUUAUACUUCACGAAACCCCACCCGAGUGUCCGAUCCCUGCUGCUUUGGAUUGCAAAGUCGUUGAACCGGAGAACAAUUCUGGGCUUGAUCUAGAGAAAGACCAGUAUGAUCCGUUAAGAAAAAAACUUAACUCAGGUUCUAAGGUCAUCAAAACUCUGAAGGACCCUGCAGACAUGAUCAGAUUGGCCAAGGCUCGGAAACUUAGGGAGCUUCUUAAAAUGGAGAUGAGCAAAAGCAAGGAAGAUAGGAAGAAACCCAGAAUGGGAGUCAAAGAGCGGAAGGUACCGAAAGAUCACACCAAAAUGACCAUGAGAGAACUGAUCUAUUACCUACCUGCCUCCAACCCAAUGAAGUCUUUUACAGAAGAGGAAGAGAAAGCAUCUGAGAUAGUGUUACCUAACUCCCCUAAACCAACUUCUUCGAAGCCUUCAACGGGUCCAUCAGUUCAGGAGAAUGAAGGUGAAGAUGGUCUUCGUGAGGAUGAAGAAGAAGCAGAUAUGGCAGAGGAAACUCAUGCGGAAGAUCCUCUGAUGGUGCCCAGGGUGAAAGUGGCCGAGGAUGGAUCUCUUAUUAUAGAUGAGGAGAGUUUAACAGUCCAGGUGUCCAGGAUGAACGGACCCAAUCCAGCAGAGGACAGAGAUCCCAUAUUCGAACGUGGCUCUACCACCACCUACUCCAGCUUUAAGAAAGGCACCUACACCAAACCCUGGUCCAACGGAGAGACUGAUAUGUUUUACUUGGCCAUCAGCAUGGUGGGGACAGACUUCUCCAUGAUCGGUCAACUGUUUCCCCAUCGAGCUCGUGUCGAGAUUAAGAACAAGUUUAAGAAAGAGGAGAGAAUAAACUCAUGGAGGAUAGACAAAGCUUUCAAGGAGAAGAGGCGUUUGGAUCUAGAUUUCUUUAAGACAUUAAUGGAGCAGAUUCUAAAAGAUGAGCAGACGAAGAAGGACAAGAACAAAGAGCUUAUCAAGUUGGCUAAGGCGCAAAGGACAUUCAGAAAACCAAGAGUGGUUAAAAGAAAGGAAAUAAGGUCUUCAGAAAGUUCAGACAACGAUGAGGUGGUGGGAGAAAAGGAAAACGAAGACCUCUGGAAUGAAGGAGGAGGUAUUUGCAAUCCCCUGAGAUCGAACCCACAUCCUUGUGUUGUUAACGCAAUGCUCUUACCACUGAGCUACAGGAAAGCUGUAGGCAAUGCUGCUUCAAAGAAACGCAGAGCUGAUCCUCAAGACUGUGAAAAUGAAAUCUCUGAGGGGCUGUCAUCAGAUGAGAGCAGGUUAAAGGAAUCUGAGAAUGUGAGCAAGAGUCCGGUCAUUAAACCGGCCCAGCUCAAUGGUCGACCCCAAAGACCGAUCCCAACCCUCAGCAACAGGUGCGGAAAUAGACGCCCAGGUGGAGAAGAAACUAAAAAGACCACCAAGGUGACCCCAGUUCUAGUCCAAGAGAGAGAAAAGAAGCAGUCCUCUAUUCUCCAAGAAUUGGAAGAUUUGGAGGAAGAACCCGACCUCACUGCUGUACAGGAACAAAUUUUCAAUAAACCAACCAGGUCGGGACGGAUCCCUAAACUCUCUCAGCAUGUGAUGCAGGCGGCAGCGGAGGAAGAGGAAGAUGAGGAAGUGGUCUAUGAUCCUCAGUUGUCUACCAAUAAUCAAGGGUUUCAAGCACCUGGCCGUAGAGCCAAAGUAAAGCCAGGCCCAAGUCUGAAACAAGGCAUGACUAGGAGGGGAAAAUCGAGACUGUUGACCUUACGGGCAACUGGGACUGAAGAGGAUGAUGAUGAUGAAGAGGAUGGAGAAGACUGUGACGUUUCUUCAAAUGUAGAAGAGGAAAACCAGGCGUUUGUGCCAAUGAGUCUUCGCUCACUACCCCCAGAUAAUUCAGAGGUGUUGGAAACUGUGGAGGAGCUGGACAUCUCUUUGAAUGUUCCCGAUAUCCUGGGCACAUCCCAGAAUGCUUUGUGCCCUGAGUUUUCAUGCGAGCAGGCUGAAAUGCCUGCUGGUUCUGUCCCUUGUGAACACCAAUUGGACCUACUUGUUGAUGUCAUUGAGUUUCUUGAUCCAGAUCACAUGGAAGUGUGUAAGGAGAUCAACAAUGAAGCUGCCCAGACACUUCUGACCAUUGGGUGCUCAGCACAGAUGAUCCAGACAACUGAAAGUUCUUGCACAGGUGAAGAUUAUAUUAAUGAGCAGCCAUUAAGUGAUGUGCACGAAGAGGUUGUCCAAGAUGUCGUCUUUACAGAAACAGUAGAAAUUCAGGCUGAUACUUCAGUAGUGUUGGCUGGUCCUUCUGUAAAUUUAGAGUCUGAGACAAAAGCUGUUCUUAACCUCUCAAGUAUUGGGAGUGAUAUUCCAGAACCAGCCUCUGAAGAAACCUACAUCACGACAGAGCAACCAAUCAGAAUACAGACAACUAAUGAUGUAGUCACUCAAGACGAGAUGCAGAACUUGAGUUCUUCAACCAGCGCUCCACCCUCUAGAAGGGGCCGUUUCUCGAAACCCAAGCCCAACGUUGGCCCAUGUUUGAAAACCAGACGAGUCCAGCCACAGCAAAUCCAUCAAGAACCUGAUUCUGUGCCGAGCUCCAGAGGUCCAAAUUCUAUAGAACUGAAUAAAAAUACGACCGAACCAAUGCAAGAAAGUUCAGGUCCGGCGGAUAACACGCCACAAGAUUCGUCUACAAUUCUCGCUGUGGUCAUGCAGCCGGAUACAGCAUCUGAUCGAAAAGAUGGUCCUGAAGACAUACCUGAGAAAGAUAGUGGAUCCGUCCCGUCACUCAAGAGAAAGAGUGAUGAUGUAAUCACAGAGGAAAGUGUGAAAAAAAAUAGACGAGAGGUGAAUGAGGCGGAGCCAGAGACAGAGCAAAUGAAAAGUGUGUCUCAGGAGGAGAGAUCUGAUGAGACCAGUGGACCUGUCAGGAGGUAUCGUGGACAUCGACCUAAAGCCAAACUGACUCGGAUAUCUACAGACACACUCGUCCAGACCCAGCAUAACACAACGUCAACCACAACAAAUGAGACAAUUCAGACACAGUCGGGAUUUUCUAAAAUAUUACCAGAAGAAAGUUUACCUGUUGCCGAGUUCUUCACAAGCACUUUCACUCCCAUUGAAAGCCCUGAAGAGGGCGCUGUAGUUACCACAGAAGCUCAACAUGAGAAAGUUGCAUUCGACACAGGAUCAGAUAUGGCAGUCAAAGAAGUCACGACACAAGUUGUUUCGGGAGAUGAGUUGAAACAGAAAACUGUGGCUGUGUUGGAAGAAAACACCAGAAGCACUUCUGACGGAAACAAUGUUGGGGAACUUCCUGUAUGUUUGUUACAGGACACAUCUGCUGACCCCACCCAUGAUGAACCAGUGUUUAUACUCUCUCUUACUGAAAUCCCACCCACGUUUGACGAGGGGAUGGACUUUGAGACAGAGACCCUCGGAUGUACGACCAUGACUGAAUUGCAUUCUCAAAGUCAAAGUUGUAAUGAGAGCAGGGAGACAAGUCAUCUUCUGAUCACAGAUGCUUUAGUUCCUGUGGCAGAGGAAGAGGAAAAGGGGGAUGGAGACAACACGAGCAAAGGAGAUUUGGAGAACACGGCACUAGCCUCGAGAUCUCAGCGGCUUGACAAGACAGAGAGUCCGACAGAACAUCCCGUGUUCGAAAAGACAGAAUGUACUGAGGAGGAGAAGGAGCGCGUGGAGAAGAAAAAAGAAGUUCCCGAGAGAGCCAGGAGAGCAAAACUUCAGGUUAAACCCAACACCCUGACCAGAAGAAGCACUCGAGGGGCUAAAGAGGAGACACCAGCGCUUUCUUCAGAAGAGACUACCUCAGUACCAAUUUCAACACUAUAUAGCCAAGAGACUAUAUCAGUGCAAGAACAAAAUUUGAGAGCCAGCAAUUCAACAACAGUAAAAGACAGCUUAACAUCAGCAGUCACUUCAGAUGGAGAAGCAACGCAUUCCUCAUCCAGCAAUAUUGCAGCACUUCUCAAGGAUUCACGUCAACUUGCCAAUCAAGAAAAUACCUGUGAAGAUAUAGCCCAGGGACAGGGAGACCUUGCUGGCAAAGAUGCAGUUGAAUUAAGUGUGACAGAGGCUAGUGGGUCACAAUCGCUCAAUGUCAGUCAAAUCGCAUCUGUUCCCACAAGUGGACCACUGACAAGACCUGGUAGAAGACCAAAGGGUUUCCUGUCCUUCAUUUCCUCUAAGAGCACACAAGCCCCCUCAGGUACUCAUCGAGGGGCCAAGCCAGGACACCAGAAACCAGCGGUCAACACCUCACGCCCAGACAGAAAACGAGAAGCGGCUAUUACUGUUACUUCGACAAAAAAUCCCGAAGCAAUGCAACCUUCAACCUCUACUUCCUCUACUUCCAAGACUGAGCAGAACUCGGAAGAAGAGCCCACAAGUGUUUCUAAGUAUUUUUUCAGCGAUAUCUUCACUGAAGUGGAUGAGCUUGAAGACAUGGAUUAAGACGAGCCAAUGGCUAGAAAAAGGACCUCGAACUACCUAACCAUUCAAAAAUCAACUGGACAUUUGUGAAUAUAAGAAUUCUUUACCAAUAACUAUUGGAGGUGAAGGAGACAGUCAAAACUUAUACCUCAUAUUAAGGAUUUGAUUUGUGCUCAAAACAUGCUGUCUAUGGAUUUCAUUAAGUGACAUUGUCUAUUAGAUUUUUAAGAAUAUUUUAUUUAUUUUUAAAAGUAUUAAAUCCCUGUAAAAAGUCCUAUGUUACAAUUUCACCACACUUGAUGUAAAUUUGCAAUAACAUUCAUCUCCGAUCUCAGCCUGACUGAACUGUUUUGUGUUUUAUUCUAGUUAAGAACCUGUAGCAAAUGUAUUUUCUCCCAUUUUUUUAAACAUUUACAUCCACAUAUUUUCUUUUCUGAAUAUUUUUUCGUGCCUAAAAAUGUACAGAGCCGUUUUAAUCAAACCCCCAUAUCAUUUGUCUCUUGCUGUCUUUGCAUUGAAUUUAAGCAGUGUGACAUCUGCUUUAGUCACCAAACCUACAUUUUGAUUUAGUGUUGUUGUCUUUUCAUAAUUGUGGUUUGCUGUCAUGUUUGUAUGCAGAAGAUAUAACAAGCAGUUUCACUUGUAUUUGUAAAUAUGUUAAUAAAAUGUUUUGGUAUGUUUUGCA